AUGGGUGCGCUCGUGCGUUUGUCUGGGGAGCAAUUCCUAGAGGAGCUUGACCUCGAAAUGUCCGGAGAUAUCGCCUCACUUCAAAGAUACCGAUUGGAUGUCUGGCUUAAGCUAUAUCACAAGUCAAAUCCUGCUGAUAUGAGGGCGCCGUUACAGACGGAACUCGAACUCCGAGAGAAUACUCAACGCGAAAUAGCCCUGGGAGAGGAUAUACAGGAACUACUCGAGAUACCUACUACUCAUGAUAUAUCAACUCGCAUUCUGCGGUUACAAAGUGAGAAUUCGGAUCUUUCAAAACAACAUUGGAUGUUGGAGCGGGAAUGGUGGAAGAUUAGACGUUCGUUUGUUGAUGGGUCUUUGACUCGAGGAAUCGAUUUUUGGCGCUCAUAUCCGAGGUGGUAUAUGCAUAGUGUGGUUUUCGUAGAUUGUGCUGAAGGGGAGGAUGCUGUGCACGCGACUGCGGAUGCUGUUCUAAUCGCACUGGACGAAACCUUUCGAUUGGUCAUUGCACAGUGGAAUGCUCGGGGUUUCAAGCUAGACCCUAAACAAAAGGCUCAAAUUCAGGAGGCUUUCAAGCUUGGUGGGAGUUCUGACCAUCGAAUCAGGAACGCCGCCUUACUUGGGCUGGUGAGUGGUAGCUGGGAGCACCCGUUGGAUCAUGUUCAACAAGAUCAGGAGCCAUGA